UUAGGUUCGGGGACAUUUAGUAGCCAAAUUGGAUCCGUUAAGUAUCACAUCGGCGAACAUCCACUCGCCCCUACACUCUGGUACGCCCAGUUCCCCGCAAGUUGUGCUUAGAACUCACAAAUUAGAGGAGAAGGAUAUGGACCGUCUGUUUAAGCUUCCGUCGACCACUUUCAUCGGUGGCGGCGAAUCGGUUCUGCCCUUAAGGGAGAUACUGAAGCGCUUGGAGGACGUGUACUGUCAACACAUUGGCGUCGAGUAUAUGUUUAUCAAUAACUUAGAGCAGUGCCAAUGGAUUCGCGAGAAGUUUGAAACCCCGAAAAUCACUCAACUCUCGGUCGACCAGAAGCGGACAGUAUUGGCCCGAAUGACUCGUUCGCAUAAGUUUGAGGAGUUUUUGGCUAAGAAGUGGUCGUCUGAGAAGCGAUUUGGUCUCGAGGGCUGCGAAGUGUUGAUUCCGGCCAUGAAAGCCAUUAUUGACUUCUCGAGCGAAGCGGGAAUUGAGAGUAUAGUGAUGGGAAUGCCUCACAGGGGACGGCUCAACGUGUUGGCCAACGUCUGUCGGAAACCUCUGGAACAGAUCUUCGCUCAAUUCAGUAGUUUAGAGCCGGCGGAUGAGGGUUCGGGUGAUGUGAAGUAUCACUUAGGGAUGUCUCACGAGAGACUCAAUCGCGUGACUAAUAAGAACAUAAAGUUGGCGGUCGUGGCCAACCCCUCGCAUCUGGAGGCGUGUGACCCCAUCGUUGAGGGCAAGACUAAAGCCGAGCAGUUCUAUCGCGGGGACACUCAGGGAAAGAAAGUGAUGUCAAUCCUAUUGCACGGCGACGCGGCCUUUGCCGGACAGGGAGUCGUCUACGAGACCUUCCAUUUGAGUGAUUUGCCCGACUAUUCAACGCACGGAACCAUUCAUAUAGUGGUCAACAAUCAGAUUGGUUUCACAACUGACCCGCGAGUGGCCCGAUCCUCUCCGUACUGCACAGAUGUGGCGCGUGUGGUAAACGCCCCCAUCUUUCACGUGAACGCUGACGAUCCCGAGGCUGUGGUCUACGUGUGCACCGUUGCCGCCGAAUGGAGGGCCAAGUUUGGCAAAGACUGUAUCAUUGAUUUGGUGUGUUAUCGACGCAAUGGUCACAACGAAAUCGACGAACCGAUGUUCACUCAGCCGCUGAUGUACACGAAGAUCCGAAAACAGGUGACGUGUUUGGAUCAAUACGCCCGUAAACUCGUCGAAGAAAACAGUGUUUCCGAGGCUUUUGUGGAGGAACUCAAUGAUAAAUACGAUGCGAUUCUGACGGAAGCCUAUAAAAACGCUGAGAAGGAGGUGAAGAUGUAUAACAAAGACUGGUUGGACUCGCCGUGGAGUGGGUUCUUCGGCACCAGAAGUGAGCUGAAGUGCGACCCGACCGGUGUGGCCGAGGAUGUGCUCAAACACAUCGGCACUCAGUUCAGUACUCCUCCGCCGGGAAACUUCAAAAUACAUCCGGGAAUCAAACGGAUCCUUAAAUCGAGAUUAGAAAUGAUUGAAAACCGAUCAGUCGAUUGGGCGCUCGCGGAGGCCAUGGCUUUCGGGUCGUUACUUAAGGAAGGCAUUCACGUGAGACUCAGCGGACAAGACGUCGAAAGAGGAACUUUCAGUCACAGACACCACGUCUUACACCACCAGACGAUUGACAAGACAACGUACAGACCGUUAUGUCACUUAUAUCCAGAUCAGGCGCCGUAUACCGUAUGCAACAGUUCUCUGUCGGAAUACGGAGUCAUGGGAUUCGAGUUAGGCUUCUCUAUGACUAAUCCGAACGCAUUAGUCAUAUGGGAGGCACAGUUCGGUGACUUCUUCAACACCGCUCAAUGUAUUGUCGAUCAAUUCAUAAGCAGCGGUCAGGCAAAGUGGGUCCGACAGAGCGGUCUCGUGUUGUUACUCCCGCACGGAAUGGAGGGUAUGGGUCCCGAACACUCCAGUGCUCGACCCGAACGCUUCCUACAGCUCACGAACUCAGAGUCCGACGAGUUUCCGCAAAUCGAUGAGGACUUUACAAUGAAGCAGUUGCACGACAUUAAUAUGAUCGUGGCCAAUUGUAGUACGCCCGCCAGUUAUUUCCAUCUGUUAAGACGACAAAUAGCCCUUCCCUUCAGGAAACCCCUCAUCAUAUUUACGCCUAAAUCGCUUCUCCGACAUCCGGAAGCGAAGUCCAGUUUCGAUGAAAUGAAUAGCGAAUCCCGUUUCUCACCAAUUAUUCCAGACUCGGGUGCGGCGGCAAAAAACGCCCAAAACGUCAAACGAGUGGUGUUUUGCACGGGAAAGACAUUCUAUGAUUUGACGAAAGAGAGGACCGCCAAAGGUCUGGACAACGAUGUGGCGAUCACUCGCAUCGAGCAGUUGUCUCCCUUUCCAUUCGACUUGAUUCGCGACGAAAUCCUGAAGUACCCGAACGCUGACCUCGUGUGGUCUCAGGAGGAGCACAAGAAUCAGGGCUUUUGGUCGUAUAUUCACCCCCACAUCGACUGUGUGUUACAACACCUCAACCUCUCGCAUAAAAAACUUAGGUUUGCGUUCAAUGAGAAUCGCAUNCCGAACGCUGACCUCGUGUGGUCUCAGGAGGAGCACAAGAAUCAGGGCUUUUGGUCGUAUAUUCACCCCCACAUCGACUGUGUGUUACAACACCUCAACCUCUCGCAUAAAAAACUUAGCUAUGCGGGAAGGGCUGUCUCGCCAUCGACAGCGACCGGUAGUAAACACAUCUUCAAGAAGGAGUACGCGAAGCAUAUGAAUGACACGUUUGCGUUCUGAUCCACGGAUUCACCGACACCUCCGAUGCACUCGACUUAGAAAUGAUCGAAAAAUAAAUAAAUUUAUAUUAUUAAUAUUGUUAAUAUUUUAAAAUAAGUUCUGUAUUUCUGAGUUAUCU